AUGUCCUCCUCCGCUUCCCCCUCUUCCUCCACCUCCACCUCCGCGGCCGCCGACUACCACUGCCGCACCAAGCACAGUCCCACCGCCGGCUACGCGCGCGGUCCGGGACGCCUCGACUGGGCCAACCAGCCCAACCCCUUCCUCCGCUUCUCCCCCGCCCCGCAACUACCGCUCCCCAACCCGCCUCCGGUCGCCCCCGUCCCCUACCCUGCCCUCUUCCACUCCCCGCCCCCGCCGCCGCAGCCGCUCGCCGUCGACUCCCUCUCCGCGCUGCUCUUCCACUCCCUGGCGCUCUCCGCCUGGAAGUCCGCGGGCCUCUCAACCUGGUCGCUCCUCGUUAACCCCAGCAGAUGCAACCUGCACCCCACCGAGGCCCACCUGGUCUUCCCGCAUCCGCGGGAGGCCGGCCGCCUCGCCGUCGCCCACUACGCGCCCCGCGAUCACCUCCUCGAAGUCCGCGCUACCGCACCAGUACGGGAUCGUUCCGCGAUUCUGUCUGCGCCGGGGAUGGCGGUCCUGGCGCUAUCGUCAAUCUUCUGGCGAGAGGCGUGGAAGUACGGGGAACGGGCGCUGCGGUACUGCAAUCACGACGUGGGGCACGCGCUCGCGGCGGUGGCGGUGGCCGCGGCCACGCUGGGUUGGGACGCGCGUUUGCUAGACGGGCUGUCGGACGAGGACCUCGGGAGGCUCGUUGGGGUGGAGAAAGGGAGCCCGGCUACCCCACCGGAGGAACCGCCUGACAAAGUGGUCAAGGGUAAGGCGCCGUGGGUGGAGCGGCAGCAUCCAGAUUGCGCUGUUCUGCUAUUCCCAGCUGGGUCUGAGCCUGAGAUCGACUAUGGCAGAAUGAGUGAGAUGCUGAGGGGGUUUGAUGGGCUGGAGUGGGUGGGGAAGGCAAAUGCACUUAGUAAAGAUCAUGUGGUGUGGGAUGUGAUAUACAGAACAGCAGAGCAAGUGAAGAAGCAUGGCCCUGCACCCGGAGAACGGUUUUUUGUGAUGCCACGGCAGAAGAGUCCAGCCUUGUCCAAAGGACUGUAUAAUGAAUUAACAGUGCAGGAGGCAGCGGAGGAGAAGCGCGGUGGACAUGGACGGCAUGCAUGUGAUGGGAAGGGAUACGUUUUAUCAGAUGCUGAUGCACUGCCUCCCAUCAGGGGAGGGCUGCCAAGGGGGAUGUAUUUCCUGGUCAGGAAUGAGGAGCAUUUUGAUGCAUUGCAGCAUGCCAUGAGGCAGGACUUUGAGUGGGUUAAGCCAGAAGGAUGCCCUGAUGGCCUCCCACUCUACAGGCUGAUGAAAGGGGAUUGCCAGAAGUUGGCCAUGCAGGUCUCGUGCUUUCAGGAAAUUGCCUCGCAUGGGUGUUUUAGCCGUGGGAUGAUUGCUAGAUUCGAGCCUGUGCUGCAUGAGAAAGGUGAAUGGAUGUAUCCCCGUUUGUUCUGGGAGACUGGCAUUCUUGGUCAAGUGCUUUACCUCGAGGCCCAUGCUGUUGGAAUAUCUGCCACAGGAAUUGGAUGCUACUUUGAUGAUGCUGCAGCUGUUGUGCUAUUCACUAAUCCAGCUGAGAGGCAACACUACCUGGAAAAAUAG